AUGGAAAACAAAAAUCACAUUGUGUAUAGGAACCCAGACCCUCCCAUCUUAACGUUCAGGCACAUUUUGAAAGUGGAAAACGACGGCCAUUUCUACAUCAGAUCUGCUUCUGGUUUUCUUCCACUACAUCAGGAAAUGGGUACGAUUGCUAAGUCUAGAAACUCUCUUGCUUUCUUCUUCUAUCAUUAUUGUCAUUCAAGGGAUUCUUUCCAUCGUCAAAAUUUUUAUUAUUGUUGUAGUUUUAGUGCUACUUCUUCUAAAACUACCAAUAGUGGUAGAGAUAUUGUGGAAAGCCCCAAUCAUUUCUUGAAAUCUGUGAGAGAUUGGUGUAGAUCUCGAAGCUUAAGGAAUCUUGAUGAUGCCUUGGGCUUGUUUGAUAGAAUGCUUCACAUACACCCUUUGCCUUCCAUCGUGGAUUUUACUCAAUUGCUGACUGCAAUUGCAAGAAUAAAGCAUCACUCAACCGUGAUUUCUCUGAUUAAAGAAAUGGAUCUCUCAGGAAUUGCUCCCGAUGUAUAUACUCUGGGCAUUUUAAUUAAUUGCUUCUACCAUUUGAAUCAGGUAGAUUUUGGCUUCUCUAUCUUAGCUAGAAUUUUGAAACUUGGUUUUCAACCAAACUAUAUAAUUCUUUGUACUCUUGUCAAGGGGCUAUGUCUUCGGGGUAAAAUUGCUGAAGUUAUGAAUUUGGUUAACAAAAUGGAAAAGAUAGGCUACAAACCCGAUAUAAUUACCUACGGAACGAUAAUGAAUUGUUUGUGUAAAAUAGGUAAGACCAAUGAAGCUAUUGGGUUGUUAAGAAAGAUGGAUGAAGGAAAUCUUAAUGUAGUGAUGUAUAACACAAUCAUUGAUAGUUUAUGUAAGGACAGAUUGGUAACUGAGACUUUGACUUUUUUCUCUGAAAUGACAAAUAGAGGAAUUCAGCCAAAUGUUUUCACUUACAAUUCUUUAAUUCAAGGCCUAUGCAAUUUCGGCCGGUGGAAUGAGGUAACUAAACUAUUGAAUGAGAUGGUGGAAAGGAAAAUCAUGCCAGAUGUGUAUACAUUCAACAUAUUGGCGGACACACUUGGCAAAGAAGGGAUGUUGAAAGAAGUACAAGAAGUUUUUGCUGUGAUGAUUCAUAGAGGCAUAGAGCCUGACACAAUCACUUACACUUCUUUGAUUGAUGGUUACUGUUUGCAAAAUAGAAUGGAUGAAGCUGUCAAAACAUUUAAAAUGAUGGUUAGAAAGGGUUGUUCGCCUUCUAUUGUUAGCUAUAGCAUAUUGAUCCAUGGAUAUUGUAAAAAUAGAAGAAUUGAUGAGGCAAUGAGUCUCUUCCGUGAAAUGACUAACAAUGGCAUGAUUCCUAAUGUUGUCACUUACACCACUCUUAUAGGCGGGUUUUGCCGAGUUGGGAGACUUAAGAAUGCACUAGAGCUACUCCAUGAGAUGCAAGUUUGUGGGCAACCUCCAAAUUGCCGAACUGGUGCUGUUUUGUUAGAUGGCUUGUGUAAGAAUUUACACUUUCAAGAGGCACUGGCAUUGUUUCAUGAGAUGGAAGACAAAAUGUUAGAUCUUAAUAUUGUGAUUUACAGCAUCUUGAUUGAUGGUAUGUGUAAUGCUGGGAAACUAACGACCGCAAGAGAACUCUUUAAUACUCUUCCUACCAAAGGUUUGCAAGCUGAUGUUUGGACUUACAAUAUAAUGAUCAAAGGGCUUUGCAAAGAGGGACUACUAAUUGAAGCAAGGGAGCUAUUUGAGAAAAUGGAGGAAAAUGGUUGUUCACCUGACCAUUUCACAUAUAACACAAUCAUCCAAGGCUUCUUGCAACAUAAUGAGACAUUAUUGGUAGUGAAAUAUAUCAAGAUGAUGAUUAACAAAGGUUUCUCGGCAAAUGCAACCACUGUGACCAUUUUGAUCAACUUGUUGUCUACUAAUCAGGCAGAUAAAACAUUACAAGAAUUUUUUCAAAAAUCUGUGUGA